AUGUCAGACAGCCGCCGUCCAACCCUCCAAGAGCGAAGGGAUUCUGUACUCGAUGAGACUAUCCUCUCUCCAGGUUCCGUUAAAAUCAACGUGCAAGGGGCUUUCAUUGCGGAUGAAGUGGCUUCUAUUACGGGCAAUCAGCCAGAUGACGGAGCGCAGCAUGACACCAGAUGCAUCCGCCUACCCAAUCAUAAGGGUGUAGUUAGCCAUGUUGCACUUGAUAUAGGCGGGUCUCUUGCCAAGCUCGUCUACUUUUCGCGUGAACCGGAUUCCAAGGAGCUGGGAGGCAGACUCAACUUUCUCAAAUUUGAGACCGAUAGAAUCGAUCAGUGCUUCAAAGUCGUGCAGGAACUGAAGGCUAAGCAGCAACCUCUGAAUGGGUCUCAGCCUGGAGAGCUAUGCAUUGUGGCAACUGGUGGAGGAGCGUACAAGUUUUACGACGAGAUGAAGAAUGUGUUGGGGGUAGAAGUGCUUCGCGAAGACGAGAUGGAGUGCUUAAUCAUGGGCCUUGAUUUCUUCAUCACUGAGAUCCCACGCGAAGUCUUCACCUACGCGGAUCUGGAUCCAAUGCACUUCGAGGAACCACGUGCCAAUAUCUAUCCAUACCUCCUGGUCAACAUUGGAUCAGGCGUCUCAAUGGUAAAGGUCUCAGGGCCGAAACAAUUCGAGCGCAUUGGUGGCACCUCACUCGGCGGAGGCACUCUGUGGGGUCUUCUGUCUCUGCUUACCGGAGCAAGGACGUUCGACGAUAUGCUAGCCAUGGCUGACCGAGGCGACAAUACAACAGUCGAUAUGCUUGUUGGUGACAUAUACGGCACGGACUACAGCAAAAUUGGGUUGAAGACCAGUACCAUUGCCAGCAGCUUCGGCAAAGUCUUCAAGAUGAAGAGGCAAGGUGAGGACGAUGCCGAAGAUGGAAAUGGAUUGUCGAACGGUGAUCCUCAACCAGCGAGUGGAAGUUCUGAUCCAGACCGGGCAUUCGCCCCAGAAGACAUCAGUAGAAGUUUGUUAUACGCCGUUAGUAACAACAUCGGCCAAAUUGCGUACCUGCAAAGCGAAAAGCAUAAGCUUGAGCACAUUUAUUUCGGAGGCUCUUUCAUCCGUGGACAUCGGCAAACCAUGAACACCUUAUCGUAUGCCAUCAGGUUCUGGUCGAACGGCGAAAAGGAAGCGUACUUCCUCCGCCACGAAGGCUAUCUGGGAUCCGUUGGAGCAUUCGUAAAGCGCCAGCCAAAAAUUUGGGGCCGAAGAAAUAGCUUCGAAGAGUGA